AGUUGAAGAUUACAGAGAAUUUCAAGUUCCAAAAUUUAAAGACUCGUUUAUGAUUUCAGCCGACUUUAGGGACUUCAACGUUGAAAGAAAAUAUACGUCACACAACUCCUACAGCUCAACUUUUCCGGCAACUUUGCCCACUGAUGAGAAUACCAAGCCAACUAUGUCGCGUGACAUGGAGAGAUUAGAAGCGACGAAGAUCUACAUAGCGACCGACGACACGUUGCCCCUUCCCGUGAUGUUGGAGCACAUUAACUUUCUUGGGCAAGGUUAUCCAAUCUGGAUAAAGAACGAUCCGUAUCGUUCAUUAGAAGUGAAGGACGAAAACGGAUGGAGGUACCAAGCGCCACAAGAACCGUACAAGAUUUUAUUGCCGCCGUACGAGCCGGUGAUCCUCGUCGAGGAUGCGAGGAGACGAGGACAAUUUUUACCAUUCUUCAAUGACGCGCUCGACCACCUUUUUAAUGAGGCAGCUUUAAUAUCUUUAACAGAAACAACACCUACAGAUAUUGGAGAUACGAGGAUGGAUAGUACCUCGACAAUUGCAGACGAUAAGAUUGCUAAUUAUACAAAUGGUUCGACGAUUGUCGAGAUAGAAAACAUCGAGAAGAAUAAUUCUAAUGACUCAUCCGACGAUCGUGCGAGUUUUCCAGCGAUAGAAAAGACAAAUACUGCUCCGCCGAGUAUUCGCGACAAAGAACUAGACAAUUAUUAUGACAUGAGCUGCAAUUGUCCGUUAAUCACGUCCGCAGGACCAACUUUGGCCUCGACAUGCGGCGGCUCGUCCUUCAUGCUCUUCAUGGGGCUGCUCGAAGUCUUCCUGCGUAGCCAAUGCGACCUCGAGGACCCGUGCAACCGACCUGCACCACCGAGCAGUGUCAAUACGAGGUACGACUUCGUAGUGAUCGGAGGCGGUAGCGCUGGUGCGACUGUCGCGGCCAGAUUGUCGGAGGAGCCGAGAUUUUCCGUGUUGCUGUUGGAAGCUGGAUUAGACGAGCCAACGGGCACCCAGAUACCCUCGUUCUUCUUCAAUUUCAUCGGCAGUGAGAUCGAUUGGCAAUACACCACCGAGAGCGAGGAUGAAGCUUGCUUGAACAAGGAGCACAGAAAAUGUUACUGGCCUAGAGGAAAGGUCCUCGGCGGUACGAGCGUCAUGAAUGGGAUGACGUAUAUGAGAGGAUCGCGCAAGGAUUACGACGACUGGGCCAGGCUGGGCAACGUCGGAUGGUCCUAUCGCGACGUCCUUCCAUAUUUUAUACGGAGCGAGGAUAAUCAGCAAGUGAACAGCAUGGAUUACGGUUAUCACGGGGUCGGUGGGCCGCUCACGGUCAUGCAGUUUCCUUAUCACCCGCCGUUGAGCUUCGCUCUGCUGGAGGCCGGCAAGGAACUGGGAUACGACACGGUUGAUCUGAACGGACGGACCCACACCGGCUUCGCCAUAGCGCAGACCACGUCCAGAAAUGGCUCGCGGCUCUCCACGGCGCGCGCCUUCCUACGUCCCGCCCGGAAUCGGCCGAAUCUCCACAUAAUGCUGAACUCGACGGCGACGAGGAUCCUAUUCGACAAGGAUAACAGGGCGGUCGGCGUCGAGUUCCUUCACGACGGAAUGAUGAAACACGUGUCGGUGGCGAAAGAGGUGGUCGUGAGCGGAGGUGCCGUUAACUCGCCGCAAAUCCUCUUAAACAGUGGCAUAGGACCUCGCGAGGAGCUCAAUGCGGUGGGUGUGCCAGUUGUCCGUGAUCUCCCGGGUGUCGGCAAAAAUCUUCACAAUCAUGUCGCCUACUCGCUGAUCUUCACCAUCAACGAUACCGAUACCACUCCACUCAAUUGGGCGACCGCCAUGGAGUACUUGCUCUUCAGGGACGGGCUGAUGUCUGGCACAGGAAUAUCCGAGGUGACGGCAAUGAUAAACACUAAGUAUGCGGAUCCGAGGGAGGAUCAUCCCGACGUGCAGCUAAUCUUUGGCGGUUUCCUGGCCGAUUGCGCGGAGACUGGUAUGGUGGGCGAAAAGAAGGGUACGAACCGCAGCAUCUACGUCAUCCCGACUAUCCUGCAUCCGAAGAGUCGCGGUUAUCUGCGCUUGCGAAACAACGAUCCUCUCUCGAAGCCGCUGAUCUACCCUAAAUACCUGACUCAUCCUGACGAUGUGGCCGCUCUCGUAGAGGCUGUUAAGUUUAGCAUCCGAUUAUCGGAGACCCAGGCGCUCAAAAGGUACGGUUUCGAGCUGGACCGAACUCCCGUAAAGAACUGCGAGCACCUAAAGUUCGGUUGCGACGCUUACUGGGAGUGCGCGGUUCGUCAUGACACAGCGCCCGAGAAUCAUCAGGCGGGAUCCUGCAAAAUGGGACCGCCAGACGAUCCACUGGCCGUGGUUGACAAUCAAUUGCGAGUUAGAGGGGUGCGUGGUGUAAGAGUGGCCGACACGAGCAUCAUGCCGAAGGUGACGUCUGGCAACACGAAUGCACCGGCAAUCAUGAUCGGUGAAAGAGCGGCAGAUUUCAUCAAGAAGACCUGGAUCGGUUGACCCAAAAUUGUUUAAUCAAACGAUCCGAUUACACCGUCCUAUUAACAUUUCGCUAAGGACAUUGUGUUUCCCACACAGAUAACUAACUGAGAGAAAUGAAAAGAAAAAGUAAAGGAGUUUGGAAAACGUAGAAUGUUUAUAUAAGGAAUCGAAAAUAUAUAUAAAAUUAUUCUUAAGAUAAGUAAUUUAAAAAUCAAGUGGAAUACGCGCGCGCGCACGCGUGCAUUCCACUUCUCUUGCGGAUUGUAUUGCUUCGAAUUUCCCACCGUAGAUGAGAAAUAUAAAUUUUACAUAACACAAGUUUGUACCCUU